CAGCCUGCGACAGAAAAACAAACGCGGAUAGGUCGAGCCGUCCACAGUCAGUGCAUGUUUUAAAACAGCAAUAAACAGUGGAAGCCGAGGUUAUGUGGAUUUAAACCUUCAUUUUUUGUUGUCGUUUUAACGUGGGCUCCGUCACUUAGUUUUCGGUUCUCGUUGUGGCGGAGCGCGUCCCCGUCUGCCCAGCCUCUCUGGAGUGAGCACUAAGGAGGACUCCAUGAAAGAUGACAGAGGAGGUGAUUGUUGUAGCCAAGUGGGACUACACGGCCCAGCAGGACCAGGAACUUGACAUCCGUAAAAAUGAGCGUCUCUACCUGCUGGACGACUCAAAGACCUGGUGGCGCGUCCGCAACGGCGGCAACCACACCGGGUACGUGCCGUCCAACUACGUCGAGCGCAAGAACAGCCUGAAGAAAGGCUCGUUGGUGAAGAACAUCAAAGACACGCUGGGUUUGGGAAAAACUAGGAGGAAGACGAGCGCCCGCGAUGCAUCCCCAACGCCCAGCUCGGACACGGAGCACCCCUCCAAUGGGAGCGGCGGCGGCGCUGCUGAACGGAUCUAUGACCUCAACAUCCCCGCCGUGGUCAAGUUUGCCUACACGGCGGAGAGAGAGGACGAGCUGACGCUGGUCAAGGGCUCCAAGGUCACCGUGAUGGAGAAGUGCAGCGAUGGCUGGUGGCGGGGCGGUCAGUCGGGCCGCGUGGGCUGGUUCCCCUCCAACUAUGUGCUGGAGGAGCUGGGCCGGGCCGACGACGGAGAGGAAGGAGAUUCUUCUGGCCACCAGGGAGGCGCUCAAGGGACUGUGUUGGCUAACGGGCGGGCGGGCGGCCGCGAAGCAGCAGUGCUCCACCUGGUUCAAACGCUCUACCCCUUCAGCUCCGUGACCGAGGAGGAGCUGAACUUUGAGAAGGGAGAGGUCAUGGAGGUGGUGGAGAAGCCGGAGAACGACCCGGAGUGGUGGCGGUGUAAGAACUCACGGGGCGCGGUGGGCCUGGUGCCUAAGAACUAUGUGGUGGUGGUGGACGAGCGGCCCGCCCCGCCCCCCUCCUCCGCGCCCGGCUUCGCGGCGGCGGCGCGCUCGGGGAAGUUCGCCGGGAGGGACUGGUACUACGCCGACAUCACCAGACACCAGGCCGAGUCCAUACUCAACGAGAGAGGAGAGGAGGGCGACUUCCUCAUACGGGACAGCGAGUCAUCGCCCAACGAUUUCUCCGUGUCUCUGAAGGCGUCCGCUAAGAAUAAGCACUUUAAAGUGCAGCAGUCGGAGGGAGUGUACUGUAUCGGCCAGCGCAAGUUCGACUCCAUCGAUGAACUGGUGGAGCACUACAAGAAGGCCCCGAUCUUCACCAGCGAGCACGGAGAGAAGCUGUACCUGGUCAAAGCGCUGCUGUGAUUCACACCAUCUCACCUACACUGGAUCGCACACACACACACACACACACACACGUUUAAUGCCACCCCCUAACUGUCUUAACUCAAGCUUUAGCUGUGGCCCCUCAUCGCGGCGGCGUACAUCCAGUGUGAUCUGCUGCCCCCCGUGUGCUCAGCUGAACCUCUCGCUCUCCAACCGGCCUCCUCCUUCACGUACGGCUCAGUGCGCCAUCGUCUGCCGAGCUGACGUGUGCAGUGAGAACAGAACGCCCGAGGCCUGGUUGGGGGCGGAGCUCUCCCUCUGAUGUCAUAAACAAUGUCCAUUUACGACCACGCACAUUGUAGGUUACGCCAUUGCUCUUAAUCCUUAUAGGGGGAAAGACGUCUGAGGGACCUUGCCUGUCAAAUUGCUGGCAGUUAUUUUAUUUGGUUCAUUUAUUUGUUAAGGGAAAUUUGUGUUCCUCGGUUAACUUUUCUUUUUUCUUUUUUUAAAGAUCAUUUAAAUUCCUCUCGUGGGGGGGGGGGCGGGGGGGUCACUGCUGUUUCAUACGACUUCACAAAGUGACCAGAAUUAAUUUCUCUCUUGCCUUUUUUUCUCCUAAUUUUCAUCAUUCCUUUUUUUAAAUAUAAUUAUCUCCCCCACCCCCAUUUUGGAUUUGUGUCUCCCGUCGCCUUUACGAAAAGUUUCCUUCUCCACAAUCUUUUAGAAGUGAUUUGAAAUUCUGCGUACGAUACUUCCUGUAAUAUUCCUAAAGGGCAGUAUGGGGGGG